AAGAUAACAGCUGACUGAGUGAAGCCCUUUUAUAUUUGUAUUUUUUUUACCCAGUUCUUUUUAAUUUUUGUAAUUUUAUUUUAAUAUUUUUAACUUUUAUAUGCAAUAAUUAUAGAAAAAUACAACGCGAAUGAACAAUACGAAAAAGUAUACAUAAACGUACGAUAUAUAUAUUAAAAAAGAAAAAGCAAUUUUUAUAAUAUAAAGGAAUAUAAAACAACACCCAUGAGUAAGCACUUUGUAAGAGUUGGGAAAUCUUUAUUUUUAUUUAAUUGAUAAUUCGCGGCGAGGAUACGAUUUUUAAACUGCGACUUCCUUAAUUGGAUGUUGCAUGAACUACUUAACCAUUUUGCUGUGCAAUCGUAAACCACCAACGAUGCUCUCACGCCGGAGCAAAGAUAAACAGACAGCACACAAAGAGGGCGUUGUGGGGAAGUAUGUCAAGAAGGAGACACCUCCCGAAAUACCCGUCAUAAAUGUUUGGUCUUUUGAUGAUCAACGUACAAAGCAGAAAUCAAAGACUUUACAGAGAUGUGCUUCAGCCUCGCCUAGUUGUGAUAACGUUGGUGGUAUAGGCGCCGUAGGUACUGGAGGUCGAGGUCGAUCGGGCAGCGUAAGUCGUAAUACAUAUACCGACACUCAGCCGGAUUAUUAUCAUGCUCGUAGAGCAAAAUCUCAAUUACCUCCCUCCACGAACUCAAUGCGUUCAACUCUGCCCCAGCCACCACAAUCCACACAGCCAACGAGGCGUAUGCAACAAUACCAACAGCAUCAUCCACCGCCCAUAACCUCACAUUCGUUUUAUUCGACGAACAACUUGGAAAUGUCUCCGGGUCACAGUCUCAAUAACAAUUUGAGUAGCAAUAGCAGCAAUUAUGUGAAUAUUGAACAGAUUGAUCGUAUGCGCCGACAGCAAUCGUCUCCGCUGCAGCAUUCACAAUCUAGUUACUUUCAACGCAGCUAUUCAUCAAAUCAAAAGCAUGCCAAUUCAUUUGAUGGCCAUACCAAUAUGAUGAGAGAACGUCUGGAUUCCAUGCAGUCCAAUAUGUUGCAGUUGCCAAGGGGUGCAACACCAAGACCUCAAACGCCACCCCAUCACUAUCAACAACAACAACAGCAGCAACUCCAGCUGCAACAGCAACAACAGCAUCAUCAACAUCCUCCCUUAACACAAACUUAUUCCUCAGAAUCCUGUCCCAUCUAUGAGAAUCCAUAUCGUGUGUCUAACUCUUUACUUCCGCCCUCUUUAACAAUGGCCGAAUCACAAAUGUCCCUGUCCACACAUGGCAAUCGUUCAGAGUCACCCAUUUAUAGUAACACCACCUCAAUGGCCAGUAACAUAAAUCAUACACAUCAUCAGCAAUAUCAACAUUAUCAACCUCAGCAGCAUCAAAUCCAUCAGCAGCAACAUCAUAAUUAUAACAACAACUCUAAUACAAACCAAAUGAUGUCUUCUUAUGAUCUCAGUUCACGUGCAACACCACAAUCCCACAACCAAGCCAACUCUUCAUCAUCCAUGCAGUCAUUGUAUCAAAAUACCAACACCAAUAAUGCCGUUAGUAAUGCCAAUAACAAUAACAACCAUACAUCCUCCUCUACUUCCACCAAUACAACCAACACCACGCAAUUGCGCAAACAUCCUUCACAACAAUCGUUAGAGGAAGAAUUACCUUUGCCCCCCGGCUGGGCUACACACUACACUUUACACGGUCGUAAAUAUUAUGUUGAUCAUAAUGCCCACACAACCCAUUGGUCGCAUCCUUUGGAACGUGAAGGCCUACCGGUAGGUUGGCGUACGGUCGUCUCAAAAGUGCACGGCACAUACUAUGAGAAUCAAUAUACCGGACAGUGCCAACGCCAACAUCCUUGCCUAACAUCCUAUUACGUUUAUACCACUUCGGCUGAGCCGCCCAAGGCCAUACGUCCCGAGACCUAUUCGCCACCUACACACACUCACAACGCCUUGGUGCCGGCCAAUCCAUAUUUACUGGAGGAAAUUCCCAAAUGGUUGGCUGUUUAUUCGGAGGCGGAUUCUUCGAAGGAUCACAUGCUACAAUUCAAUAUGUUUAGUUUGCAAGAAUUGGAGUGCUUUGACGGCAUGUUGGUGCGUUUGUUUAAACAAGAAUUGGGCACGAUUGUUGGAUUUUAUGAGCGUUAUAGGCGAGCUCUAAUUUUGGAAAAGAAUCGUCGUGCCGAACAAGAACGUUAUUUGCAGGAAUUGCAUGCUGCCGCAGUUGCCAAUAACAACAGCAAUCUGAAUCCUAAUACAGGUGUGGUUAAUCACAUAAGUCAACAGCAACUUUAAAGAGAUUCAUGUUGGCCACAAAAUAGACGAAAAAUGCGUAAUAUUUAUCAUAAACAAAACACAUCCUCGCUUAUUUGCAGACUUUGUUUAUAAUUUUAUUUUAUAUACAUAUAUAAUUUUUCUUUUUUAUUAUUUAUUUUUAAAUAUAGUUUAUUGAGUUAUUUUUUAUUAAAAUAUUUGCAAAACAAAAAUAUACACUUUGGGUCUUAUUCAUAAUAACAUUUUUAAUUUUAAUAAUAUUUUAUUAUGAUUAAGGCCAUUUAUUUAUAAAAAAAAGCCUUAAGCCUGGUGCCUUAAAUGAAAAAAAAAUCAUGUUUUUAAAUUGUUGUAAAAUUAAUUACAAUUUUUAACUUUUAUUUAUAAUUAUAAUUGUCAAAAUACAAAAAAAAAAUUAUUAUUUUCUAUUUUAAUUUAUUUAAUUUUUUUUUAGAAAUACCCAACAUCAUUUUCAUUAUCAUUGUAUAUUUAUUAUUAUUGUAUACAAAAAAUAAAGUUGUGUUUUUUUUUUAAAUUUUUGCUGAUGCAAUUUAUACUCAAAA